ACCUGAGUUGCAAGUAGCAGCUACUGCGAGUAGCUUCUGUGCACUAUGAAGAAUUUUUCAUUGCCUGUGCAGGAUAACACACAUCAGACUGAGAGUCCUCCUCCUCACAGAUUCCUGACUUUUAUAAAUCAUUCAGAUCCUGUUGGAAGACCAGAAAGAGAUGAGCAAUUAGCUCAAGUAGAGAUUGCUGUACUGGGGGUCGUAUUUCUGACAGCGUCUGUAGGCAAUUUUAUUCUCAUACUGGUACUGUGGCGAAGAAGAAAGAAGCUCUCUAGGAUGUAUAUAUUCAUGCUUCAUCUCAGCAUUGCUGAUUUAGUGGUAGCCUUUUUUCAAGUGCUGCCUCAACUCAUAUGGGAUAUUACAGACGUUUUCAUAGGGCCAGAUUUCUUGUGCAGAAUUAUCAAGUAUCUACAAUUGCUGGGCAUGUUUGCCUCUACUUAUAUGAUAGUGGUUAUGACACUGGACAGAUAUCAAGCUGUUUGCUACCCUGUGGUCACUUUCCAGAAGAAGAGAGCUCUCUGGAACAUCCCCAUUUGCACCAGCUGGUCUAUAUCACUGAUUCUUAGCCUACCACAGGUAUUUAUCUUUUCUAAGACUGAAAUUUCUCCAGGUAUCUUUGAAUGCUGGGCUGAAUUUAUUCAGCCAUGGGGCCCAAGGGCAUAUGUGACUUGGAUUUUUGUAGUCAUAUUCUUCAUUCCCUCGGUCAUCCUUACUGUGUGCCAGAUUAAGAUUUGCAAAAUAAUCAAAAGAAAUAUUCAUGUGAAAAAACAGAGUGAAUAUGAGUUAACAAAUCAGAAGCAAGUCCUGCCAUCCAGAGCAAGCAGUGUGAACUGUAUUUCAAAGGCUAUGAUCAAGACUGUAAAAAUGACAGUGGUGACAGUUGUUGCAUAUGUUCUCUGUUGGUCACCUUUCUUCAUUGCACAGCUGUGGUCUGUGUGGUUCCCCAGUGUCAUGACUGAAGGUUCAGCGUUCACCAUUAUCAUGCUCCUUGGCAAUUUAAAUAGUUGCACCAACCCAUGGAUUUACAUGUAUUUUUGUGGCCACAUUCCAUAUUGCACAAAUAAGCAUCUGGAAAGCACUUCAGCUCAAGAGGAAUCAGUGAUCACGGGGAGCAUUCAUCUAGUAGACCCUGAAGAAAACUGUACUUCUGCAUAAAUAUGCAGAAUGCUUUUUGUUGCUUUGUUACAUUUGCUAUGUUUGCAAGUUGUAUUGCUGUUUUACCACCACCCCUUGUUUUGUGGGUAAGCUGGAAAAUUGUCUUUUGUUGUGUAAAUAUAUUUCUCUACUGUUCUGUAUCAUAUAGAGGAAGUUUCUGUGUUGUACCAGUCUGAUUCAGUACUUCCAUCAUAACUGUGCUAUCAGAAUGAAUUCUUGUAAAGCCUGUCAAAGAAUCAUGAAAGUAUCUUAGGUAUUUUAUGUCCCAGUGUAUUUUCUGUGAUUCUGGAUAUCUAAGUAGUAAAAAAUUACAACUAUCUGGUCCAACAAAUUGAAAAAUAAUUGGAAAGGAAUCUGAUGUAAUUAGAUUUGAAUAUAUUUUUUAAUUGAACCAUCGUUCUAGUGUGAUUGGAGGACAGUCUGGCAAAUACUAAGAAGGCAGCAGAAUGUCAGAAGAAUCCUUUGCCAGCUAUUACUGAUACCUGUUUUGAAUUAAAUCCUUAUAUGCAUUUAUAAAAUGCCAAGCAGCUUAAUGUAACUUUUAGAAAAAAUAAUUUAGUGUCCUUGUGACACUGAACACUUCAGUUUCAAAUGCCUGUGUGGAUCACAGGCAUCAACAGCAUAGUGACAGUGCAGGUUUGUGGCUUCAUACCAUGGGAUUUGAUCUUCCAUUCAUUCCCUGAUGUGCAAGCAGUUAACUGAACCCCCCCACUCCCCAUACACGCGCAGACACAUGCUAUGAGUGCUUUCAUUUGUUUUGGCAUGCAAUUUAUUGAUAGAGUGUGCUUAGAACCCGUUCAGUCUCAAAUUCAGUUAUUUCCCUGUUGUGAUCAAAAGAAAUCUGCAUCUUUAUCUCAAAAUGCCAUUUGCUUGUUAGUUUGUGGGUGGUUUUUGCAGGUGUCUAUUUAUUCCCCUUUCAGUAUCUGCAGUCUAAUCAGAACAAUAUGGAAGGAGUAUCAGCAAGCCUUUUUUUAGGUGAGAAUAGAGCUGCAUUCAGAAAUUCUUGGUGAUACUUGCAUGUCAUCUGCCUACAUUAUACUAUGUUUCAUCAGCACUAUUCACAUUUCUUUUUUAUGAAGGCUAGCUAUCUCAAAUUUUGGUGGAAAAGGUACAAAAGUGGGAUUUUUAAAAUUCUCUUUAAAUUGUAGUAUUGCUUUAAAAUAAACAGUGAUUGAAUUGUGAGAAGUGCUGCAGUACCAUGAAUAGUUAUGCUUCAGGUUAAUGUGUGCUGAUAUGACAGAAUAUUCUAUAAUUUCUAUUUCAUGUGUAGUUAGACCUGAUAGGGGUAUAAUCCAAAUAUUGAUGCUCUUUAUGAUAGGAAAAGCUAGUAUUCCAGUCCAGCUGUCUAGAAGAACAGGUCUUCAGCAUGUAAGAAGAGGAAGAAUUAGAUUAAGACAGUACCAAAGAGGAAUGGGGAGAGUCUGUAUGAAGUCUGUUAUAAAUGCAAUCAGGUUACAUACACACCCUUUAACUACUAGUUGUUAAUUCUACCCCACCAUGUGUUCCCUGUUAGAGCAAUUCUGUAACUCAGAUGACAGUGUCAGUAUCUGGAAUAUGAGCAUGCACAAUGAAAUCCAUUCUAUUAAUAGGUUACUUGUUAUAUUCAGCUACUGACUAGAAGACUUUCAGUCUAAUAAGCUCUUAGUAUGAUUGACCAGAGGUCAUAAUCUCUUUUAUGAGAUGCUGACAAAUUUUGAAGACGGUGCCAAACUUAUGCCCUGCCAAAUUCACUUUGAUCAAUUACUUUGACAAUUUUAACUGAUUAUUUGGUCAAAUAAGCCCCUCCUGCCUCUGCUUUUGGGUGAAGACUGGCAGUGUGAGUGAAAACCCAAGUUAGAACUGGCAGAUUUAUUACAUGAGGCAGACACAUCGUACAGAUGUAGUCAUAUUAUCUAGUUCCCCAACACAUGGUUAGAGUGAAAGCAUCCCCAAGUACAUCCAAAUAUUAGCUAUUCUUGGCUAAAGAGUAUCAUGAGCAGACAAAGGCAAAGCAAGAUAAUCUGUCUAGUCAGUUCUUUCAGUCGAAUCCAGUUUGGAUUGGAUUUCUCAGAGGGGAAAAAAAAAUUAGCAAGGGUUGGGUUUUUUUUGUCUUCAUAAGGUAGGAAUUUGGCCCUGGAUGCCUUGAGUGUUUCCUGUAGGGAGAAUGCAUGAUUUUGAACUAGAUAUUUCAUACAUGCAGUAAAACAGGAUUACAAAGCAAAACAGUUCAAAUAAGAAUUGUAUUAUUUAGAAUAUGGCAGUCAGAAAUAAUUUAUUUAUUACUGUAUUAGCUGAUCAUAUAGAUUUGAAUAGGAAGGAAAUCAACCUGUUAGAUAGUAAGAAAUAAAUUGAUGGAAUUUAUGCUACAACUUCAAAACUCCCAAAAUCCAGCUCUUCAAUCCUAUGUGUGCCAACACUAGGUUCCUCUCUGCUCUCCAAAUCCCAAGUGGAGCUUCUGCGAUACGUUUCCCAAACUCUACUCACCCUAUCUCUUGCCCCUGUACCCCAAAUUGUCUUCACUUUGCCUCUGUGUCUUUUUCUUGGGCUUGCACGAAGCUACCGUGAUCGCCACUUCAGGACUUUCUGAGGCCAAUCUCAUUGAGAAAGCUAAUUUUGAAAAAUUCUACAAGUUCUCUGUAAAAAUUCCACUACUUUGUGCUUCACCUUUUCAUAAAUGAAAGAAAGAAGCAUCUCUGAGUGAAACUAACUGGCCAUACUCACCUCCUCUUGUUUUUCUUGCCAACACAGCAGAUCAGAGCAUAUACUUCCACUAGUGAAGUCAGUUGGUGGAGAAGUUAGUCCUAUCAACUAAUCUAAGUAAUUUAUUAUAGUACAGCUCCAUAAUGAAAUGUGAAGGUAAUGAAACUCUAACCAGAGGUUUCUUGAAUUUCUGUCCAAAUGUUUCCCUAGAGAUAGAGUGCAAACACUGAAGUGCUAUUGUGUUUAUCAAAUGCUAUUUUAUAUCAUAAUUGAUAUUCUGAAAGACCUUCAGCAUUGUGGAUUUAUCUUUCUUGCAUCCAUUCCAGUGUACCUAUGUGUAUAUAAAAAGUUAAAAUUACGUAUUCCCCAAACUUCAGCAACAAAUCUCCUAAAUUUUGACUUAACAACACAGGAUUCAGUAGGACCUUGUGGAAGGACAACACCACUUGGGAGAGGAGGUUGAAAAUAUGACAAUCAGAAAUGAAGAUGUGUGGAAAUUAUGGCUGGGGACUUGGAUACAGCUAGAGACAGACAAGACCUUACAUCUCAGUAACCACUUUUCAAAAUAAUUGGUUCAGUAACACAUAACAAAACCAGGUACAAGAAAGAUUUAAUAUUACUGUCAUCAUUGCUUUUAUCAUUGUCAUCAGCAUCAUUGAAAUGAAAUCAAUAUAUAAGAUCCAAUAAUUUUUAAAACAAAACAUACUUGGCACAGUGUGACAUAUGUAGAUCAGUUCUGAUACUAAAAUAGUACAAAAGAUAUGGUUUCAAUCAUGAAACCCCCUCUUUUUAUCACUGAUGUUAUUAUUUUAUUUAGCUAAUAGGAUAUAUAUGUUCUUUGCUUCAAAGAUUAUUGUUUUGUGUGCUGAAUUAUGUGAACUUAUCCAAAGACAAAUUUGAGCACAAGACAUUAAAAAUUUGUUGACAUGUUUGUAUGUUUAAUUGUGUCUAUAUUAAACCACAGUUGUUGCUUUAA